GCCAUUAAACCUGAAAGAAGAAGAAUGAGUUGCCGCCAUAUUGUAUACAGUUCAGAUCGGCACUGUAAGCUUUGCAGUAAAUGCACAUUUAAACCGAUUUGGCAACUGCCAUAAAACUCUUAAAGAAGCAGCAGCAGCAGGUAAGCAUGUUAGUGAGGGUGGCAUGCAGAGGAACCCAGAAGUAUGUGAAGGUGACUGAGACUAAUGGAGAAUAUAACUAUCAUCAGUUUCACCAGGAAGUGAUUAAAAAAUUUGGCCUACCAUAUGAUGUAGACGUGACAUACAAGGAUUCAACAGAGACUGAGGUUGAUGCAGACAUUUUCAGUGAACUCCUGCUGCAAGGCAAUGUCACUCUCACAGCCUGUAUGGAUGACGGUGUGUCUACGUACAUUGAUUUGUCAGAUGUUUCGAUGUCAUCAUAUGCGUCAUUUUCUUCUAACGCAUCAACCUUGUAUAUUGAUGAACCCCUAACAAAGAAAGCAAGACUGACCGAAGACUGUACUGAUAAACAAGAAGCGAAAAAUAUGGUGAAUGAGGUUCUGAUGUCAAAACCCGGUGGAGCCAAAAUUAUGUUCGAAUACAGUAAAACCCAAACCUUGUCAGACAGCACCCGCAGACAGUUGGUUAACAUGCUUGUUGCUGACAUGAUUGAAGUAUAUGGAAGGGCACCUCCACAAACCGUGCGAACCAAGUAUGCUCUUGGAAUUGUUUCUGUGUUUCCUUACUUGGAGGACCCAUACUCUAAAAAUGGAUAUGAACAUUUCUAUGAUGCAUCAAGUGGUACUGGUUACCUGGCCUGGCGUUUAAAGACAGUGCAGAGAAAUACUCACAUUGGUGAAAAACACAGACCUGAGUCACCUGACACUAGCAAUGGACCAUUGUCAGAGAGGGAACCCUUUUCAACCACAGAACAGCUGACCGGUGAUGAGUACAGAGAGGCAAUAUCAGUUAUGAAACACACUUCAGAUGACACGGUAAUUAUGGAAAAAAUGAAGGCAACUUUCCAAUACAGACAGUCUAUGGCUCGUAAUCCUCAGAUGUCCCAAGAUGUCUUAGACUUGUUCCCUAGGUUUCUGGACACACCUGGCCUUAUUAAACAGGAUUUUUCCAUGCUGUUUGGAGAAGUGAUCUCGGAAAAGUUUCUGGCAAAGUGGUCAACUUUCUUCAAACCCAAAGUAAUCAAUGAAGCCAAAGGAUUGUCCACUAAUUACCACAUUGAGGAACUCAUCAGAGAUGCUCAACAUGAAUCUGAUGAUGACUCAACUGGUUGGGACAGCGACAUCUCAGCCUUACUGUUGCUCCUCUGUCUCCUACCCCCAACUCCAAAAGGCCAAAGAAAGGCAGGCAAAAUAAGUCCCCUUCAAGCAGCUGACCAUCUAGUAAGAUUUCUGAAGAAGGGAACCAGCAUUCCAGCAUUUCUGGAGAGUUUUGGAUCUGCACAGCCUUUCCUGUUAUGUGUGGGAGAAAAUAAGAAGAGCCUACAGAGGUUCUUCAUUAUUGUGGACAUGAAAGCAAUUCCGUGCAAGGCUCAGACAUCUGUGGGGGCAUUUGAUGAACUUUUUAAAGCACACUUUGUGUUCAGCACAUCAUACAGUGAAAGUUUGUCAAGCUUUUACACUUUCAUCCAAACUGCCAUUUACAACAUUGAUGCUGGUACCUCCAAAGAAAGGCCGAGAGUCAGAGAGUUGCGAGCAAGGUUUCUUAGUGGAAAGAAUUGAUUUUUAUGAAACUAUGUUCAAAGCAGGUUUACAUGUUGUUGUUUUACAGGAUGUGUGUGUAGACCAUGCAUGGCAUUAUUUAUUGUAAUGGUAAUAAAAAACAGACUGUUAUUGUGAUUGUUAUUAACCCUUACAAGUCCCUAGGGGUCAAAAUUUCUUCUCUUUAGUUAAAAAAUGUCUCCCUUCAUCUCAAGAUUUUGUGACUUUUCUACAUUAUCUGUCUAUAUCCAUAUUAAAAAACUGGGCUUGAUUUAGUCGUUCUGACGGUGUGUAAUUUUUUUA